AUGACUGACCGAGCGCCUUCAGCUAGAGUUACUGUUCACAUAAAUCACAUCCUCAAGAUUUGGGAAAGGCUGAUGCGCUUGAAUUUGUGUCCAUGUUAUUUUCGUUUGUUUUGCAGUCCAUGUGUACAACCCCAUAGACUACUUAGUACUAAACAAAGUUUACAACCAACUGCUGAAAAUCCAACCUCUAGUUGGGUUUCUAUUGGUGGACAUUCUACUGUCAAAGAUUCUUGGUAUAACUUAACUCCCCAUAUAAUUGAACUUACAAAAAGGUCACUGCAUAACCAACAACAUCAUCCUUUAAAUUUGAUUAAACAACGUAUCGUGGACUUCAUGUUUAAGCGUCAUGUUCGCCAUGUGUGCAAUAAUAAUCAAGGUGGUACACCACUAUUCAGCCUAUAUGAUCAUCUAUCACCAGUGGUAACAGUACGAAAAAACUUCGACAGUUUAUUUAUUCCACCAGAUCAUCCAAGUCGAUUGCGUACAGAUACAUAUUAUUUAAAUGAAACAACUGUAUUACGUAGUCAUACAUCAGCGCAUCAAUUAGAUUUAAUCAAUUCCGGUUUAAAUGCUUUUCUUGUUGCUGGUGAUGUUUAUCGACGUGACGAUAUUGAUUCACUGCAUUAUCCUGUCUUUCAUCAGUUAGAAGGUGUUCGACUGUUUACAUCGGAUGAAUUAUUUAGAAAUGCUACUGAUCCUUUUCAAUGUUUUCGGCUGUUUGAAGACAUCCCAUCGUCUUCACCAUAUAGUGAACCAGAUGUUCAUCCAUUCAAGGUUUUUCCAUCAUAUAUGCUUCCGCCUGACAGACAAAUUAGUCAUACGACAGAGACUAAAAUGCUACUAGAAUUUGAAUUGAAAACCCUCCUACAGGAAAUGGCUAAAUUUUUGUUUGGCCCAGACAUACAAUUACGUUGGGUUAGUGCUUACUUCCCAUUUACCCAUCCAUCAUGGGAAUUAGAAAUCAAAAGAAAUUCUGGCUACUCUAACUAUGAUGACGAUUUUGAUUGUGAAAAGCCUGAAGAAUGGACUGAAAUGUUGGGAUGUGGUAUAAUGCGACAAGAAUUACUAGAACGUUCUGGAAUACCUAAUAAAGUUGGUUAUGCUUUUGGUCUUGGUUUAGAACGUUGGGCUAUGCAGUUAUACGAAAUACCAGAUAUUCGAUUAUUUUGGUCAAAAGAUGAAGGAUUUUUGAAUCAGUUUAUAACUGAUGAUAUUCAUGCACCAAUCAAAUAUAAGCCAGUCAGUAUAUUUCCUCCAUGUGUAUUGGAUCUUUCAUUUUGGUUAAACAACUCUCAAUCAAUAUCAUCAUCUUUGUCUUCCAAUCCUGAUGGAUUAGAUAGAAUUAAGAUAGUUGAACGGGAUAUUUUCGAUAUUGUACGUUCCGAAGCUGGUGAUCUCAUAGAACAGAUUCGUUUGGUCGAUUCAUACAAUGAUCCUAAAACCGGACAGCAAAGUCUUUGCUAUCGUUUUAUCUAUCGAGAUCAACAUAAAACUUUGACAGUGGAUGACGUUCGGCCAUUACAUGAGAAUAUUGCUCAAGUUUUGGCUGAAAAAUUAAAUCUUUCUAUUCGAUAA